GUGUUACCAAGGGAUGGCUGACUAUUUGGGCUUCAAAAUAAUUGUUUAUGACUGUUAUUAACAUAUAUUUUUUUUCCAGGGACUUUGAAGUUUUGCUAAUGCAAACACGUGAUGUAACUAUGUUGGUGCAAUAUUAUGUGCGUUAAGGCACAUCAAAGACCUUCCAAAGCGGGUUUAAUUGGCGCUAGCAGUGCGCGCGACUUUUCAAAAGAAGGCGAGAAUAGUGUUCCUUUCCAAAGUGGACGAGCAACCGCUUAGGCAGAGCUACCUUACAUAUCUUACGACGCGAAGUGCUCUACGCCCCAUCGACAUGACCGGUUUUGGUUUUAGGUCUAGUUCUGUCAUGGUAAAGGACGCUAACGUGGCUCCGUUGGGGCUAGUUAGCUAGCUUCGCUGCCCUGUAAACAGCAAUGUGGCUAGCGUUUAACAAACAUUAACGUCAUUUUUGAGGAGGAAUACUUACGUGAAAUCUGUCCGAGGGUGUGCCAAAGGUUUACACAGUCAUGUCUAUAGAGUUUACCAGAGAUGAUUUCCGAAUUCAGCACGACGAAGAAGAAUGCGACCAAGAUGACCAUGAAAGGGAGGAAGAGCUCAAAAGACGCAUGGAUGAAAUGUCAGAUGACUUGCUGGAGGAUGACGAAUACAUCUCCUCCGCCGAGGAGGAAUCCUCCACCUGCAGCAAUAAAAGUACUGGAACCAGCCCACAGUCCAAAUGGACUCGUCAGCAGUCGGAACAUCCCAGGCCAACUUCUAAUGAGCAGAGAUAUGAAGCGGACUACGAUCAACAACCUCAUGGUUUUGCUUCUGAGGAUGGAGGAGUUCAGAUCAAUGGUCACCAGCGUCCUGCUCAAACUCAACCUCCGGAUCACAUGUGGAACCAGCAGUCACAAGAUUGGCAGUUCACCCAGUCUGGAGCAGUGGAGCGACAUGUGGAUGACUACACAGCCAACUACAAUCCUCAUGUUCCUCCGCGUCAGAUGUUGAGCUCGCAGACCACAGACCAAGAUCGUCCAUUUGAUCAACUACAGAGAGUAUUCCUUGACUCAACACAACAAACUGCUGAGAAGGAGCAGCUUGCCCAACUGCAGAUCUUAAACAAGGCUCAUCAUAGGCAAAUCGAGGACUUGGAGAAAAAGCUAGAGGAUUCGAAGCGCAAAAGCAGAUUCCUUGAGCACCAGCUUGCAGUUGUCAAAGAUGAGAAAAAUGGCUUUGCUGUGAGUCUUAAGGAGUCAAGUCGACACCAAGAAGAAGCCAAAGAGCGUGAGGUUAAAUUGCAAAGCAAAGUGAAGGUGCUGGAGCAGCAAAUACAGACCUUGAUUGAGAGAGACCAGGAGAACACAAAGAAGCAGAGGGUGGCCGAGGCCGCUGUUGACAGUAUGAAGCAGCAGAUGUUGGAGCUGUGUCAUUCGGACACUCUGUCCAAAGCACGUGAGCAGCACGACAGAGAUGUUACGGUCAUCAAGGAGCAGCACGAGGCCGCACUGUUAGUCUUACAGCAGCAGCUUGACGCGAGAUCGCAAGCUCUGGAUGAACAGAUGGAUACUAGUCAGAGGUUCCGCGAGCAGGUAAAACAGUUGGAGCGGCAAAGAGAAGAAGAGCAACUAGACCGAGGCAGAGUGGUCAAUGCUCUCACUCAGCGUCUGGAGGAGAUUCAGCAGCAAUGUGCCAAGCUGCUAGAAACUAGUUCUGUGCAGGAAAUGAGUAAAAUCCAGAUCAAACUACAGCAGGCUCAAACAGCCAAGGUUCUAAAUGAAGAUAUGAACAGAGUCUUACAGGAGGAUCUUGCUGACUUGAAGGAGCAGAUUAUGCUAUAUGAAUCUGCUUUAAAGCAUGGCGUUAUUGCAUUGAACGCGAACGGUGACUGCGAGAACCAACUUUCUGAUUCCUGUUUGGCAUUAGGCUUGAAGAAAACCACCUUUAAAAAUGGUUCUCUCCACAGCAUGGCUUUAGCCAACCUGUCAGACUCAAAGCUGCCUGAGGAUGAAGCUUUGCGACAGCUAAAAGUGGAGAUGCAGCGUUGCUUGGGGUGUUUAAAGGCAAAGCGCCAGAAGUUCAGUCAUUUGCAGGAGGAACUGCAAAAGAGUUGCGCCCAAGUGAAGGAGCUGCAGACCCAAUUAGAUGAAGCGAAGCUCAGCUUAUCGGUUAGACAGUGCAGCCAGAUAAAACAUCAAAACUGGACUGGAGAGGACCAGAAUGAGUUGGUGAAACUAAAGGAAGACAAAAAAUGCUUGCAGGAUCAAGUGGAGGUGCAAGAAAAGAAAAUUAUAGAGCUGCAGCAGAGUGAGGAGAAACUCCGAUCUGCUAAUUUGGAGGUCCGCAUCAAAAUGGGAGCAAUGAUCAAGGAGUUUGACCAAGAGAGGCAGGAGGCUGUGGAGCGAACUGAGCGGAUUCAUCAGCAGCAUUGGGAUGAUGUGGUGGACAGAGUCAGGACAGAGCUGACAGUGGAACACAAGGCUCAGGUGGAAUAUUUGACUGCACAACACGAGCAAGACUCCCAACACCUAAACACUCAGCUAUCUGAAGUUAAUGACAAGCUGUUGGAUGUGCAAGAGUGUUACAUCUCUCUCUGCAAGGAAAAGGAUCUGCUGGAGGAAAAAGUCCAAAAUAGAGAGGGGGAAAAUGCACCGAGGACAGGAAAAGAGAAAAGAGAGGAGAACAGUACAAAUGUAGAGAACCUAAGGGCUGAACUCAUGGCACAACAUCAGGCCUCCAUGACCCAGGUCAAGGCUCUCUGGUCCAGGGAGAAGGAGGAUGAGAUCCAGCAGCAGGUGAACUCUCAAGUAGCUUUGGCCAAGGCUGCUUGGGAGGAAGAGCACCAUCAGAAGGAGAUGACCUGGACUCUGAGAUUGGAGGAAGCCAGGCGAGAAAAACACUCAAAGACCUCUGACAGAACCUGCCAGACAGAGGAGGUGGAUGCUAAUGGUUUGAUGAUUACUGUUGAGGAUUUGAACUCCAGGCUCUGUGCCCAGAGACAGCAGCUACAAGUGGAAGCUGAAAAAGUCAAACAUCAAGCAGUAGAGGAAGCCAAGAAACAAGUCCAGAAAGAUACUCAAGACAAACAUCUAGAGGACUUGGCCAAUAAGGUUGAAGGGGCAGUGACCAGGGCCUAUAACCGCUGGAUUGAGGAUUUGACUUCAUUACCGGAAUACCAAGCCUCUCUGCAAAGAGAGAAGGAGAACUGGGAAGAGCUACAAAAAGAAUACAUGGAACAAAAGGUAACCCAGGCUCUGAGGGCAGCAGAGGAGCAGUGGCAAAAGCAGCAGAAAGAACAGCAACAGGGUGAAAUCUGUGGGACGACUGAGGACCUCCAAGGGAAGUUAGUGACUCUCCAGUGUCAAUUGGAGGAGUUAAGGAGGGAGCAAGCUGCUCUGCUGAAAGCUGAACUAGCUGGAGCUAGAGCAGCCUGGAAAAGAGACAAGCAGCAAGAGAUCUCUGUUGUACAAACUCGCAGUGACCAAAUGUACCAAACCAAACUACAGGAGCAGCAUAAGAACCUGGAGUUGGCUUUGCUGCAGGCCAGAGAGGAGACUGACCUCCAAAAGAAGGAGCUGCUCCUGCAAAUGGAGGCCCAGCAUCAGCAGACCAUGAGGGCUAGAGAGGACGAGUGGAGAUGUCAGCGGGCUGAGAAGGAACACGCCCAGAGACGACAGAUGAGGGAAGAUUUCCUUGCGGAACUUCAAACUGGCCUGGCGGAGGUCCAGACGCACCUUCUCGGGAGUUCCUGGACUGUUCGGCAGAGCGUCGAAGCGAGCGAGCGAGACCGAAUGUCAGAAAGCGACAUAACGCACAUGAUUCAAAGUUGCUGCAUAGAAAUUGUUGAGAGAGCGGUGUCACAGGCCAAGAAGGAUUGGAAGAAAAUAAGUGAGGCUCAGCUGAGCUGUGUGUUACGAGAAACACAAGAACAGCAUGAAAGAGAAAUCAACAAAAUGCAAAACUCUUUGGCACAGGUGGGAGGGCAGGCCUGCAGCAGGAAGGAGUGCGCAGAAACCACCAGUAAGAUGCAGAAAAAAACCCAGGAGCUACAGAAGCACUUGGAGAAAGCUUGCCGUCAGUUCCAGCACAGCGUCUGGGAACACAAAACGACCAUGCAGAAACUCAAAGAUGAACAUGAGAGCAGAUUACAAAAGGCAAAGGAGGAACAUCUGCGACAACUGGAGGAAGUGAAGCGAAGCAAAGAAGCUGCUGGGACUUUAAACCAUCAACAAAAUCUUAAAGAAGGCCUGGAAGAGAUGAAGCAGCAGUACUUGAUGACUGUUGAAGAAAUCAAAGGAAACAUUUUGCGUUACGUCCACGAAAGCCACGAGCGAGCAGCUGAGAUGAUCCGCACUGAGGUACAACGGGAGAGGCAGGAAACUGCCCGAAAAAUGCGACACUAUUACCUGACCUGCCUGCAGCAAUUGCUGGAGGACAGCGGGAAGACGACUGGGGCCGAAAAGAAAAUAAUGAAUGCUGCCAGCAAGUUAGCGGCCAUGGCUAAAGUACUGGAGACACCUGUAAAAAAGAAAUCUGGAGAGAAUCCCAGCUUACCAACUUGCAUGACAGUUGUGUCCACCACUGGCCACUCUUUAGCGAGUAACACAGAUUUUUUGAAGAACCCAUCGACUCUUGACAUCAGAAUGGAGGAUAGAACCCACAGGGAGAUGAUGCUGGAUAUGGAGAGAAAAACAACUCUUGUGCGGACUAAACUUGCGAGCAAGCAGGACAUAGGUGCAUGUGAGUCGUCAGCAGACGCACAACUCUACCCUCACAAAGUGACCUCUUCAUGCCUUGCUCCUUUGAGGAGCAAGGGCAGGGAGGUAUACCUGCAGGGAGGACAACCAGACAACCACUUCCAUGGGGACCCGCCAAACAAACCCUCUCUCACGCAGGAGGCUCCGGUCAGGGAUGAUAAACUUACCUGCUGGUACCUGACCAGCAGUGACUCAGACGACCUCCAGAUCCCUCGACUGUCCUACUCAGAAAGGAAAGUAGAGUUGGCAAAGGCGUUCUCUGACUUGAGCGAGUUUGGUUGUCUCACCCCGGACGCAUCUGACCUGACAGUUUAUAAUGACAUAGCCCAGGAGACUAAGACUCGGACGCAAACCUUCGCUCCAAAAGCGAAGAUGAGCACACACAGAGAACCCACGCCGGGCUCAGAGGGACAAAAGCAGCGUGGAGUGUGUAGCGGGCCUCUGUUCUCGGAGUUGAGACAACAUCAGCAGGACAGUGGCUUUGACAGCCCGUUGAAUCAACCAAAAUGACCGAGAUAUGCUUGCUUUCAUUGUGUACAAAAGGGUUAAGGUUCCACAUUUCAGUCAAAUUCAAAUCCAUGUUUUUAGAAAGAGGGUUUUCAUCCUCAAGUGUUUACAUGUUUGUCUUUUUUUCCCUAAAUGUUUCUACAUUUCUAAAAUUGCAGGUCAACUUUAAAUAAUUAUGUAUGUAAAUAUCUUAUUCAAUAAGAGAAAAGCAAUGCUUUCUGUUUAUCUACAAUAUUUUUCUAUUACAGUGCCUUUUCUAUAAAAUAUUGAUUUGUGUGCUAUGUUACGGUGUUGUUUGCAUUUCAUUUUAAUAAAUGAUUUUAUGCCAAGAUAA